CUUGGCGGGCCCUACCCUACUAAAGAGUGAAGCCACAUAAGCGUUUUGUCCGGUCCUCACAGUCACUGCAAGAAGAAGUAGGAGACAGACGAAAUCGUCGGACGACCACCGUGCCAUUACUUUGUAUGAUGCUUAGACUUUGGAACAAUGGGUCGCUUGCGAAAAGGUCAAUCAUUGAUUUUGAGUAUGUUGGAAAAGGGUGAGAUAAUUUUUCCCCCAGUGCCUCCUACCAGUGUAACAAUGCCCAAAGCAAGAAGAAGAACAAACCGGCAUUGGGAACCAGCGCCUCAAACCGAGAAUUCAGGUGAUAGCAGUGAAGGGAGUGAUGCUGAGACCAUAAACGUGCAGUCUGAGAAUGAAGAGGAGGUAGAGCUGCUACCUCGACAGCUGAGAUGCAGAAUAAAAAGCCAGAGGGAGCCACUGCUUCAAACCAAGAAACCAGGUGGUAGGCGUAAAGGGGGUGAUGCUGAGACCGUAAACUUGCAGUCUGAGAAACGUAGAGCAAACAGCCAGAGCAAACCAUUGCCUCAAACUAAGAAACGAGGAGGUAGUAGUGAAACGGUUGAUGCUGAGACCGUAAACAUGCAUUUUGAGACUGAAGAAGAGGUGGAGCUGCCAACUCGACUGCAGAAACGUAGAGCAAACAGCCAGAGCAAACCACUGGCUCAAACUAAGAAACCACGUGGUAGGAGGGGAGGGGGUGAUGCUGAGACUGUAAACAUGAAGUCUAAGAAUGAAGAGGAGGUGGAGCUGCCACCUCCAUUGGUGAGAAGUAGAGCAAACAGCCAGAGUGAACCACUGCCUCAAAACAAGAAACAAGGUGGUAGGAAUGAAAGGGGUGAUGCUGAAACCAUAUACAUGCAGUCUGAGAACGAAGAGGCGGUGGAGCUGCCACCUCCACUGCAGAGACAUAGAGCAAACAGCCAGAGCAAACCACUGCCUCAAACUAAGAAACCAGCUGAUACCAUAAACAUGCUGUCUGAGAACGAAGAGGAGGUGGAGCUGCCACCACCACUGCAGAGACAUACAGCAAACAGCCAUAGCGAACCACUACAUCAAACUAAGAAACCAGGUGGUAGGAGUGAAGGGGGUGAUGCAAAGACCGUAAGCCUGCAGUCUGAGAACGAAGAGAAGGUGGACCUUCCACCUCCUCUUCUGAGACUCUACCGCAUUCCAAAUACAACACUCAACAAGAAUCAACUGCCUGAAGUUAUACGCCAAGCAUAUGCAUCAGCAGCUGCAUCUGUGAAAAAGGCUUUGGUUUGUGAGCUCAAGUCUCGAGACAAUUUUGAUGUGGAAUCCAUGGUUGAUUUAGCAAAUGAUGCUUUUGUGUCAUUGGGCUCACUCCAUGCUGAUUUUGGUGAUUUAUAUAAUUCAGUUAGAGAUUUUAUCCAGUACCACUGGCAACUCUCAGAGGCCAAGAAAGAACUUAGAAUGAAAGGAUGUAUUUUGGAAAUGGAAGUUCAUUAUUUUGAUCUUUGUGAUCAAUCAGAUAAAGCACACAAAGCACUACUUGGUGCUAAUAUUUCGCUUGCCGAAACUGAAAAUGAGAUUGUACAAAUCCGAGAGAUAUUGAAUGACCUUGAAGAGAAGCUGAAGGAAGGAAAUGAGAAGAUUGGUGCUUGGCAAGAAGAAUGCAACAGACUUGAGAAGUCUUAUGAGGAAGCCAAAGCUAAGGAGCAAAAUUCUGCUAAACAACUAGCAGAGCAUAAAAGGAUCUUGGAACUGAUCAAUAGUCGGCAUGAUAAGGCCAUGGCUGAUAUUGAGAGGACUAUGUUUUUGUUAUCAUCUAUGUGUGAGUUAAACAAUGAUCAAUCCUGAAUUUUAUUAGCUAUCAGUUAUGUACAGGAGGAGACAACUGCAUUUUGGAGGGGUGAGGAAGUAAAACCCAUAAGCAUGUCAAUAUUGCUAUCUCCUUUAUUUUGUUUGUAGGGAAAAGACCGAAAGACAAUUUCAUUGUCUUAUUCCCCACUCGUUUAGCAAUGUUAUAUAAUCUAUGAAACAGAAUAGUAGUCUCUAUUUUUUUUUAUUUUUUAUUUUAAUAGCAUUUGUAUAUUAAUAUAUUGGCAUUUAAAGCUUAUCAAUUUAUUUAUUUUUUC